GUCAUUAUCUUGGUGCCAUUUUAAUCUCCUCCUAGUGUUAGAAACCCCUCCGUCUCACUCUCUCUCUUUAGUCUUUGCUACCUCUCGCUGUUCAAUCCUCCGCCGCUCUCUGUUUCUUUCUUUCAUUCAAUCCGAUGGCUCCAAAGAAGGAAAAAGCUCCUCCUCCGUCUUCCAAGCCAGCCAAAUCUGGCGGUGGAAAACAAAAGAAGAAGAAGUGGAGCAAGGGAAAGCAGAAGGAGAAGGUGAACAACAUGGUGUUGUUUGACAAGGGUACCUACGACAAGCUCCUCUCUGAAGCUCCCAAGUACAAGCUCAUCACUCCUUCCAUUCUCUCCGAUCGCCUAAGGGUCAAUGGAUCACUUGCAAGGAAAGCAAUAAGAGAAUUGAUGGCUAGAGGUUUGAUCAGGAUGGUAUCUGUUCAUGCAAGCCAGCAGAUAUACACUAGAGCAACCAACACCUAGGCGUCUUGUUACGUUGCUUAUAGAUAUCUAUAAAUUGGUAAUUUUGACUGCUAUUUUGUUUGAGUUAUUACUUUCUGCGCGUUUUUGUUAAAGACAUAGCCUUUGCUACUCUAGCGAGAUUGAUUUGGUUUGAAUAUUAAUCUUCGAUCAUUUUUUUCCUGGUAAUGGUGAUGGAUAUAAGUGAAUCCUUUCUAUUGAUUUAA